CGGCGGUGGGUGAAGGGCAACGACGGCGAUGGGUGCUAUGGGCUGAUUGGUAAAGAUGGAAAGAGGGAGAGGAGGAGGAGGAGGCGGAGGAGGAAGGAACGUGGGAGGCUCUGGCCUGCACAGGAGCAUCUAUUCCCAGUCCCAGCAGCAGUACCAUUACACGGCCCCCUCUCAGGGGGGCUGCAUGGAGAUCCAGGAGCUGGCCUCCAAGAGGGUGGACAUCCAGAAGAAGCGAUUUUAUCUGGAUGUGAAGCAGAGCUCCCGGGGCCGAUUCCUGAAGAUCGCAGAGGUCUGGAUUGGGAGAGGCAGGCAGGACAACAUCAGGAAAAGCAAGCUGACACUCUCCCUGUCCGUGGCCGCCGAGCUGAAGGACUGCCUGGGCGAUUUCAUUGAGCACUACGCCCACCUGGGCCUGAAAAGUGGCCACAGGCAUGAGCACAGCAAUGGCAAGGAGCAGCACUCGAGGCAGCGCCAGCAGCACCCGCCGCCCUCACCCUCGGGCUCUGUGGGCUCUGAAGAGCACCCUCAUAGCGUCCUCAAAACAGAGUACAUCGAGAGGGACAACAGAAAAUAUUACCUUGACCUGAAGGAGAAUCAGCGGGGCCGCUUCUUGCGGAUCAGGCAGACAAUGAGCCGGGGACCUGGCAUGAUUGGUUAUUUUGGCCACAGCUUGGGACAGGAGCAGACUAUUGUCCUUCCAGCGCAAGGGAUGAUCGAGUUCAGGGAUGCUUUGGUCCAGCUGAUUGAAGAAUACGGCGAGGGGGACAUGGAGGAUCGCAGGGGUGGGGGAGAUGAGCCCCCUGAGCUCCCUGAGGGCACCUCCUUUCGGGUGGACAACAAGAGGUUCUACUUUGAUGUGGGAUCCAACAGGUGUAGUUUUUUGCCCCUCCGAGUUGGCAUCUCGUCCUUCGGGAAGGUAAAGUUAAGCACUUUCUGCUGCAUGGCACACAUAAGGCCUGAAUGUAAUGCAUAGCACAGCACCUCUUUCUCUGGAAGGACCUUUUAAGCAGAAGACGGUUCUUUUAGGGGAUUUCAGUUGCUUGGGUUUGAGGCAGAUCAUGGGAAGUGCAUUGAAAUGGCACACGGACGAUGUUUUACUGACCUUUUCGUUCUCUCCAGCAGAGACAGUUUUAAUUUCUUUCCAUAGUUUAGAGCUCUUUCCCAAAAGUAUUUCCUGGCCCAUGUGAAUGACCUUGAAAUGAGUCAAGUUUAUCGAACUAAUUGUGCAUUGCAGGAAGCAGUCUCCAAAUGCACACACACCUAUGCACCCAUCAAUGUGUAUGUGUGCAUGUAUGUGUGUGCACAUAUAACCUACAGACAGAGAAUUUAUUUUCCCCACCUGUUCUUUUUGUGGUAUUAUUAUUAUUAUUAUUACUAUUAUUAUUACUGUUAUUAUUAUUUUGGGGGGUUUUGAUUUGUUUUCAGGAUAUUAACCAAAAGGUGUUUUAAAUUCAUGGCAUGAAGAACCCUAGAUGUAAAUCUGAGUACAUUGUGAUGCUGAUUAACAGAUUUUUCUGGAACUUAUGUGAUGCUCAGUAUUUUUCUUAGGGAGUUUUGUUUAAUGUUAGAUCAUUGUUCUGAAGGAUGUUGAUACUACUGGAAUCACACUAAUGGAAAUAAAAUGCAUGUGUUACAAGUGUAGAAACGGUGAAGAAUUAAGUGUGAACUUACUGUACAAUACCAAUUCUGUUUUCAAACGAUCUGUUUCGCUGUUCAGUAGUUGACAUAUAAAAAUGCAAAUGUACUGUAAUUUAGCACUUUUUCAAUUAACCCUGUUCUCACAAUGCCAGAAGUAAGGAGCACUUCUGGGGCUGUCAGGACCCGUCUCUCCUGACGUGCAGAUCCUGGGAAGCAUGUCAGGAAAGGGUCAAGCUCUUCAUCCUUCCUGCACAUUUUGGUACCAGAAUUGGCCAGAAGGAAAGAAAAGUGUGAGAGUCUCUUAGUCCCCUAGUGUUAACAGGGUGCAAAGUGUUACAUGUUCCGUACUGUACUCAAAGGGUUGGUUGGUCAGUGACUGUAUUGUACUGUAUGACGACGCAUAAAUUGCCUUGUAUUGUUUCUAAUGGACUGUACCAUGUCCCCCAUGGAUCUCCAUGUCCCCAGUUUUUCAACAAUGAUGCAUGUUAUCAGUUAGGUCCUACAACUCUGUGGUGCUAAAUCUCCCAUACCUUAUGGUGCUUCUGUGGACACUAACUGAGGACAUGCUGACCAGAGCUUGAAGUUUCACAGUAUUUCUCCUCUGUUUGUACUAAGUGAACACACACACACUUAAUGAUAAACUUGAAUUUGUUUCAAAGCAUCAUUGACAAUCUAAUGUUUUCUAUGUGUGCUUUUAUUUGGGAGGGAUUUUCCAGAAAGCAGCUCUCUCCCCCUUGGUUCGCAGCCACCCCUGUGCUCCAGUAGGCAAUCCUGUCCUCUUUCUCCAUGGCGAGCAUGGGGCCAGGACUUACUGUGACUCCUCUGCCUUUGGAGGUGAGCUGCCUCCCCAGCAGCUCUCUGCGUGCUUGUCUGUGCCUAAAAAGGACACCUGUGACCACUCCAUCCCCAGGUAGGUGGACACUGUGGUGCUGCUCCAACUCCUCCACAACCAAAAGUGGAGUCUGUACCAAGAAUUGGCUUUUUACCAGAAGGGAGGGAAUUACUGAAGAGGAGCUGGAGUCCCAACAGGCACCUCUGUCCUGUGAGGGGAGAGCCCACACAUGCAGCCCCACUGGCAGAGGAGUCACUGUUGGUUCUGGGGCUUUAUGGGCUGUUGGAUAGUGUGGACAGACCCUUCCCAUUCCAAGCCCCCCACAUGAGCUGCUUUCUGGACAAAACAAAAUCUGAAUAUAUUUUAUAUCUAUUUGAAAACAAAGUCUGAUAUUUACCCCUGUUACCAACUGAAUUUGCAUAUUGUUGUUUGCCACAAUAUUUGUUCUGUCUUAAAAUAAAUUUGCUUACUUGUGUAGUCUGAA